AUGAGGGCCCCAUACCCCUACCCCACUGUGGACAUUCCAGACCACGCCCACUACACCAUCGGCUCUGUCAUCCUCGCCAUCGGCAUCACCGGCAUGGUGGGAAACUUCCUGGUCAUUUACGCCUUCAGCAGGAGUCGCAGCCUGAGGACACCGGCCAACAUGUUCAUCAUUAACCUGGCGAUCACAGACCUGCUGAUGUGCGUCACUCAGGCGCCCAUCUUCUUCACCACCAGCAUGCACAAGAGGUGGAUCUUUGGAGAGAAAGGCUGCGAGCUGUACGCCUUUUGUGGCGCCCUGUUUGGAAUCUGCUCCAUGAUCACGCUGACGGUGAUCGCCAUCGACCGAUACUUCGUCAUCACGAGGCCUCUGACCUCCAUAGGCGUGUUGUCACGGAAACGGGCCUUCCUUGUCCUUGUGGCUGCAUGGUUGUAUUCUUUGGGAUGGAGCUUGCCGCCAUUCUUCGGCUGGAGCGCCUAUGUCCCUGAGGGUCUGCUGACUUCCUGUACGUGGGACUACAUGACCUUUACGCCGUCAGUGCGAGCGUACACCAUGCUGCUCUUCAUCUUCGUCUUCUUCCUGCCGCUCUUCAUCAUCAUCUACUGCUACGUCUUCAUCUUCCGAGCCAUACGCAACACAAACCAGGCUGUGGGGAAGAUUAACGGCAGCACUUACAGUCACAGCAGCAGUCGUGACUCGGUGAAGAGUUUCCACCGGCUGCAGAACGAGUGGAAGAUGGCGAAGAUCGCCCUGAUUGUCAUCCUGCUCUACGUCAUCUCAUGGUCGCCGUACUCCACCGUUGCCCUCACCGCCUUCGCCGGAUACGCCGACAUGUUGACUCCCUACAUGAACUCUGUGCCCGCCGUCAUCGCCAAGGCCUCCGCCAUCCACAACCCCAUCAUCUACGCCAUCACACACCCGAAGUACAGGGUUGCGCUCGCUAAGUACAUCCCGUGUCUCGGCGUCUUGCUCUGUGUUCAUCCUCGCGACCUCCGCUCGACCAGCAGCAGCUUCGUGUCGACGCGCCGCUCCACUGUGACCAGCCAGUCGUCCGACAUCAGCAGCCAGUUCAGACGGCAGAACUCCGGCAAGGCCCGCCUCUCCUCCGUGUCCGACAGCGAAUCGGGUUUGACAGACACCGAGGCGGAUCUGUCCAGUAUGGGCUCCAGACCGGCCAGCCGCCAGGUCUCCUGUGACAUCAGCAGAGACACCACCGAACUCCCCGACUUCAAACCCUCGUCCAGCUUCAAGUCCAAGAUGAAGAGCAACGACUCGGGCAUCUUCGAGAAGUCCUACGACACCGAUUUCUCCAUGACUGGAGUCAGUGAACGCAGCAGCAUCCCAAAUAGCGGCGACUACGCAGACGGACACGUGAGGAGAGGCACGAUCAGUCGAAUCCCGAGCAUCGUCGUCACCUCAGAGUCCAGCCCCUUCUUUCCCAUUGGACGGAAUGGUUCACGCAUCGCCCGCCCCAAAACAAACAACAACAACAACAACAACAGCAACAGGGGAGCAGGGCACGGGUAGACUGACUCCAGC